UUGACCCCUGGAUAAAAACAAGCCGAUCAGCUGAUGUAAAAGCAACAAAAUCUUCAGGGGUCCGACACAAAAUACCCCAGAUAACUUUACCAGCAUCGGCAGCUAUUUGUACGGUUGUACAGUACAGUCUCGUUUUAGAUCGUGUCGAGGCGGCGCUUAGUGUAGUCGUCGUUCGCCGGACUGGUAGCAUCUGCUAGUAGGUCAGUGGACUGAAAUGAAGGUUGUUUGUUUCUUCAGGAGUGUGUCUCUUUGUGUAGCUGCUGUGAGCUAACUGCAGGUUAUUAUCGAGCUACUUGUAAGUGGAAACUUACUUAUUCAAGCUAACUUACUAUAAUUACAAAUAUAUGCAGUGGAAGCUAAUGUUCGGUAGCGAGAUCUUGUAACAAAACAAACUACCGGCAACGUUUGAAGUUACAACUUGAGCCUGUUUACUUGACAUCUUUAGUGUUUGGUUUGCUUUUGAGAAACGGUUUUUACCAUUCUGACACAAAGUAGUAAUAAGGUGCUCAGUUGAUGCGAUAUCGGCAGCUUUGUGCUUGAGUGAAAUUGAGUGAAAGGGGUUAAAUGACAUCUGGUCAUAGAUAUUUACCUCGCCGUGCCAUAACUUGGUGUCCAGCCUUGCACUUAUUUCGCAAUCCCCACUUCGGUUCUGCAACUCUUCGGAAGCAGGUGUUUUGUUGUCAGGUCUGACAUGAGUGGUCAGGGUUCAGCUGUAGAUAAAGGCAUGAACACAGUCCUCGUCUGCCAGGAGAGCUACGCCUGUGGGGGUUCAGAUGAGGCCGCGUUUGAGUGCGAUGAAUGUGGCAGUCUGCAGUGUGGUCGCUGUGAACUGGAGCUGCAUCGGCAGGAGCGGAUGAGGAAUCACGACCGGGUUCGGAUCGCACCGGGCCACGUUCCUUUCUGUGACUCGUGUAAAGGUGACAGCAGCUGCUCUGUCAGGCUCAGAGCGGUCGUGCGCUGCCAGGGUUGUAAGAUAAACCUGUGUUUGGAUUGCCAGAAACGCACCCAUGGUGGAGUCAACAAGAGGAAGCACCCACUGACACUUUAUCCCCCCGCCAAAGCUCCUCAGGAGAACAGUGUUAGUGCUGGGGAGAGCGAGAUGGAAAUCCUUAAAGCCAAGCUGGAGAAAGUGUGCAGCUUCCUGUUAGUGGAUGAGAAGGAGGAGAUGCAGGUGAAGGAUGAGGAGGACUUUGUCAACAGAUUGGGCUGCAGACCAGAUGAACUCCUGAAGGUGGUCUCCAUCUUUGGAAACACCGGGGAGGGAAAAUCCCACACCCUCAACCACACCUUCUUUCUCGGAAGAGAAGUUUUCAAGACCUCCCCCACUCAAGAGUCCUGUACUGUAGGAGUUUGGGCAGCUAUGGACCCUCUUCACUGGGUUGUAGUCAUCGACACAGAGGGCCUGCUUGGAGCUGGAGCCAAUCAGGGUCAGCGUACCCGCCUGCUCCUCAAGGUCCUGGCUAUUUCUGAUGUUGUCAUCUAUCGAACACACGCUGACCGUCUCCAUGAUGAUCUCUUCAAGUUUCUCGGUGAUGCAUCAGAUGCCUACAUCAAACAUUUUGCCAGGGAGUUGAAGGCGACCACUACCCGCUGUGGCCUGGAUGUCCCGUUGUCCACUCUUGGCCCUGCUGUGAUUAUCUUCCAUGAAACGGUUCACACCAAGCUGCUUGGCUCAGACAAACCAUCGGAGUCAGCCGACCGUCUGCUCCAGGAGCGUUUCAGAAAGCUGGGACUGUUUCCUGAAGCGUUCAGCUCCAUUCAGUACCGUGGGACUCGGACCUACAACCCUCCUACAGACUUCAGCGGGUUGCUGCGCAGUCUGGAGCAGCAGCUGGACAACAAUACCACUCGCUCACCACGAUCUGCCAGCGUCAUCUUCAAAGCCCUACAGGCCCUGAGUGAACGCUUUAGUGGGGAUAUUUCAGAUGAGCACAUGACGAGCAACUCCUUUUUUCCCGAUGAGUACUUUACCUGCUCCAGCAUCUGCCUCAGCUGUGGGUCAGGCUGUAAGAGAAGCAUGAAUCACUUGAAGGAAGGACUUGACCACGAAGCCAAACAUCGCUGCCGCUACUCCGCGCAGUAUGACAACCGCAUCUAUACCUGCAAGGCCUGCUACGAGGGAGGAAAGGAGGUAAUCGUGGUUCCCAAAACGACGGCCUCGUCUGACUCACCGUGGUUUGGCUUGGCCAUCUACGCCUGGUCCGGAUACGUUAUUGAGUGUCCCAACUGUGCAGUGAUCUACAGAAGCAGACAGUACUGGUAUGGAAACCAGGAUCCAGUGGAAACCGUGGUCAGAACUGAGAUCCAGCACAUCUGGCCAGGGUCUGACGGCUUUUUGAAGGACAACAACAAUGCUGCACAGAGGUUGUUGGACGGAGUUAAAUACAUUUCUCAGUCCGUUUCCGAACUGAGCGUCAAGCCUGCCAAAGCUGUAACCUCCUGGCUCACAGACCAGAUUGCUCCUGCCUACUGGAAACCCAACUCCCUCAUUCUGAAAUGCUAUAAGUGUGGCGAGGAGUUCCAGCCGAAUGACACGAAGCACCACUGUCGUGCCUGCGGGGAGGGCUUCUGUGACGCCUGCUCCUCCAAAUCGCGGCCAGUCCCCGAGCGGGGCUGGGGCCUCGCUCCAGUGAGAGUCUGCGACGCCUGUUUCCACAACAGAGAAAUCCCAGCCGAGUUGCUGGAUGCCGCCCUGGAGGAGGAGGGAGGCACCCUGAUAGCCAGGAAAGUUGGAGAGGCCGUUCAGAACACCAUAGGCGCUGUCGUCGGCGCCAUCGACAUACCGCUUGGCCUGGUGAAGGACGCAGCCCGCCCGGCCUACUGGGUCCCAGACCAGGACAUCCACUCCUGCUGCGCGUGCCAAAGGGAGUUCAGCCCGCGCCUCUCCAUCCAUCACUGCCGUGCCUGUGGACAGGGCGUGUGCGACGACUGCUCCCAGGAGCGCCGCCCCGUGCCGUCCCGCGGCUGGGACCACCCUGUGAGGGUCUGCAGCGGCUGCAAUCAGAAGUCCGGGGAGCUCUAGCAGCAGCAGGAGGCGGAGGAGAAGGAGGAGAAGCGUUUGGAUGGUUUAAUCACCUCGAUAAAAACUGGAAGUGACGUUUUAGUCUGGCUUAAAGAGGCUUAACUAAGAGUUUUCUUGCCGGCAGGAUUGACAAUUCUUUUUUGUUGAUUUUUUUUUUUUUUUAACGCUGGUCUUGUAUCACUUCAGUCCUUUUAUUCUAUUUCACUUCAAUAUGUGUGUAAUUGACACUGUGAAGAGAACCAGUCAGAGUGAGACUUGAAUAUCUACAAGACGAAACAGCAGCGAUGAUGAAAGUGACAGCGGCUGCAUAACAGCUGAGCACAGGUAAUUCUAUAUGCCCCCCCCCCCCUUGAAUAUACCACUGCACAAGAAACCCCCCCACCCCCCAACCUCACACUCCUCCCAGAUGUGACAUACUUAUAUUACAUGCACCUUUAUGUCUGGGUUGGGGUACACAACAAAACCGUUUUUUUUUAAAAAUGGAAGUACUGACUGAUUUUAUACUGAAGCGGUAUCAGGGAACGAUAACCCCUCCCCUUCCCACACACCGUCUCCUAAAUUACCCACAAUUAAUUCUGAUCCAUGUUUAAAUGGUUCUUAAGUCAUGUUCUUCCUACUCAGUAUUGAUUGUGCUCGUUGGCUUCAAGAAGAAAAUACUAGAACAAUCGGAAGCCGUUCAGUAGCAUUGAGAUGCAUUCCAACUUAUAUACUUAGUAAUUACUACUUACAUAAGCCCUGGAUCCUUUGUGGUUGUGUGUGUGUGUGUGUGUGUGUGUGUGUGUGUGUGUGUGUGUGUGUGUGUGUGCGUGCUUGAAUGGGCAGAUGUUAGAAGAACAGCCUUAAUAAUGCUGUCCAGAGUAAGUGUUUCGAUUUUAUUCAGAAUAUACAUAUACAGUAAUAAUACAUAUAUGGG